GGUUUUAUAUUAAUAUGCAAAAUUGGUUAUAGUCAGUUCUUUGAGAAUAGGUACGGACCCACGCACUUAGGAGAUUGUCCACGAUGGUCCAGAAUCUAUCAUGAUCUCUGAAAAAAGGCCGACAACCAAAACACCAUGUCAAGCACUAAAGACCCAUCAUUCGCCGUUACAGUCUUAUUGGCAUUUGCUACUGCGACCGUCUUUGGAACCACCCAAAAACUGUCCGCAACAAUUGGCAACACGGUUAAUAUUACGUGUCUCUUCGGGGAGGGCACGUUACGUAACAUUUACUGGUACUACAACAAUACUCAGAAGAUCCUCACCCUUGCUAAUGGUGACUUGAAGGUGGAACAAUCAUAUAUAGGUCGUGCAGGUUUGCAGAAGGACAGUGCAACACUCUAUCUCAAAUACAUAACCAUUGCAUAUGAGGGGACCUAUAGAUGCGAUGUUGAACGACAAGGACAACCAGCGGUUCUUGACAUCAUUUCUGAGCUGAAAGUUUACGCAUUCGAACUUCACACUGAGAGAUCCGUGAAAGUGGUGCGUGGCAGAAAUGCGUCACUGAUCUGCAGCUUCACAGAUCCUGCUGAUGCCGUCUACUGGUACAAGCACAACUCCACCGGAGCUCCUGAUAAUGACGCCGAACUUGUUGCCUCGGAAUUCCUUGGAAGAUCGGAUCCAUUGCCAGGGAUAGAGAGGUUCAGAAUCACGGAAGACUACAGACUUCUGAUAAGAGACCACCUAUUCUUGUGUCGUUGUUCCUCGGACGGGGAAAACGACAUGGGGCUACACGGACCUAAGAAUCAUAGUUUUGGCAGAUUCCCUUGGACCAAUAAUUGGCCCUUGCAACACCUUUAUACUGGGAGAAUGUACAUACAAUGUUCCCACGGAUCCUAAAGAAUUCGUGUUCGUUUGUGAACUUGACGAUGUACGUCCUCCAGUAAACCUGACAUGGAUUAGGAGUGACGACAGAGUAAUGGAACAAGCUUUAGGUCCACUAAUUGUUGAGAAGGACGGAAUAUAUGACGUCAAAUCAAUUCUUAAGGUUAUUCUCUUUUAUUAUCAUCAUAAUUGUUAACGAUCUAGAUUUAAAAUGGUUUAUAUCCAUGACAGUUUGGCAGAAAAGAGUAGGCCGGUCAACCGGAGAGAAACGAUGCAGCUUUAAUUGUCUUCGAUAUUACUAUGUACUACUUUGAGCUACAAAAUCAAACAAAGUAUAGGCCUAAAUAGCAACACGGGUUUUAACCUAUUUGACACAAUGUUCAUCUUUCCCUCACCUUUAUUUUAACGGCGACAAAUUAUUAUAUGUUCAUGUCUUGAUGUCGCAUCGACUGAUCGAAAUGUUUCCCAUUUGUCUGGAUCCGAAUUGUCGUAAAAUUAUUUCUCUGAGAUAAACACGCUCAUGAACAUGAUGAAUUUGAACACAUACAUUUUAUGAAAAUUGCGCGGGGUGACAAAAAGAUGCUCAAAUUACGGGUUCAUGCCUCAAUCGUCUGCACUCAGAGAUUUUUCUUAGCCGUUUCAUGAUUUAUAUGGUUAGUGUCUAAAACUGGAAAGAAUCUUUGAGCAAUUUAUGAUUUCAAUAAUUCCUUACAAAUCAAAAAUUGCAAAUUAGACAAAUACCCAAUUGGACUCACAAUCGCUGUGUAUUCUUUUCUUUUUUAAUGUAAAUUCAAGCUUGCCAGGGCCAAUAUUCGUAAAAGUUUGAGCCCUAGCUGACAAACUGCAUGAACAUGUGAGGUUUCAUUUUUUUCACACACACAAUGUAUUUCUUAGAGAUCAUUUUAGCGCGACACAGUGGCGUACCUAGGAUUUUCCACAGGGGGGGGAGGCAAAACCGUCCGCCAAAAAAAUUUGACAAGAAAAAAAAAAGGUCUUCAAUCACAAAUAAAGGAUUUCGUACCAGAAAAAAAAUUACAAGCAAACAUAAAGAAAAUAAAAAGGUCUUCAAGCUGGUCAGGGGGGGGGGUCAUUGAUGUUUUAAUAAAUGACCGAUUGCUAUGUUUACUUUACACUAUGGUAUAAUUUAUUGGUAAUCACAAAGGGAAAAGAAGAAACAUUAGCUUGGGAUCGGAUUGCUAAUUUGUAAUUUUUUGUAUAGAGUAGUUCUGGCCCUAAUGUUUUUUUUUUUGCCUGUUUACGAUACUUGGUUUGAUAUACUAAAUCUUGAUGUUGUAUUUCGUUAUAAAACUCUGCAAUUAAUUCGAAACAUACUCUCAAAAUCGUUAAAUCAUACUGCGUGAAAGAAAUAAACUUUAUAGUAUUGUUGAUUUGUUGACGAAAGGGACAUCGAUUCAAGAAAUUUAGUUCCACCGUAAUUGAGAUACAAAGCCGUAAAGCUUUAUUAUUCGAUCUGCAAAACAGAAAAGAAUAAAUCAUAAAUGUUCAUGCAUUAACUGGAAUGCUUGUAUCAAAUACUCUUUGACAGAACAGAUUUGUUAUGCUUUUAACCUAUUUUCAUAUUUAACCUCAAUCUAAGCCUUAAUAUGUUUGAUUCCAAUUUGCAUAAUCUCCUUUAACCAAUUAACUCAAAUAUCCAAAAUAAGAAAAUUGCAUCGACUUACAAAUACCAAAGUAACUCAAUCAGGCUUUAAUGCUCUUGAGUUUUCAAUCCAAUGGACUGUUGAAUAAGUAAAAACAGUCCUAUAAUUUCACUUGUACCUCUAAAAAUAUUAACCUUUCAAUUGCAUAAGGCAAAAAUAAAUUCUAAAUGAUCUCAUCUCAAAUGACUCUCAGCAAAUUGAAAUUGCAUGUGCUUUGAAAUAAAUUUGCAUAUACAUAACUUCACUUCAAAGUUGAAUUUACUUCAAUUAUUUUACUCUUUAAACUUCAGCUGAUUUUGACACUGAAUUAAAUAUAUAUGAGUAACCGAGGCUCGAGUGCUAGAAUAUUCCGAUAAACUCCAGCUUGUUCUGUUCUUGGGUUAAUUCAUAUCUCAAAAUAACUAUCAAAUAACUAUCGAAAUUGCUUGAUUUGUAGCAAUUAUAAAUUCUGUUUCUCAUCACAGAUUAGUUGAGAAUAAAUGACAUGUGACCAUGUC